GGAAAGAACAGCAUGGUCCCAAAGUCAAGGUCAAUGUCCUCUGACCCUUUGCGCACGGCGCAGGUGUGAAAGGUCGCCAGCGAAGCAGGGGACAGACUGAAGCAGGAAGUUUGUGUAUGUGUCUUCUCCGCUGCAGGUCGGCCUAAGAAACCUCCUCAGUCUGAUUCUGCUGGAUCGUCUCACAGUUAGACAGAGGUUUGCUAUUCUUUAGGAGAAAGAGCUCACGGGGUUAGGAAUAGGACACAUAACUAGAAGAUUUAGGAACAACAUGGCACAGCCUGCAAAUGCUGAGAUUGAAAAGGCAUUUUAUAUUGCCCAGGAGUGUAAGAGAUAUGCUGACCAACCAGCAGGCAACAAGAUCCGAGCAAUUUGUAGGGAAAUCAAGAUCAAGCACAACAUCGCUAACAUGGAGAUUCAAGAGCGCCCAAAUGGUACUCUAUACUUCCUCAUUCGUGGCCAAGCGAACGACGUGGAAAUUGCCAUUGCCCUACUUCAGCGCCGACUGACCAAGGAAAGACGUCAAGCGAGCGCAGAUCUCCCCGAGGGAGUGUCGGCCCUGACCGUGGAGAACCUGAGACGACACGACAAGGAGCUUGCGGAGCGGAGACAGUUUGGAUGUGCACCGUGCGACAGCACCUGGUGGAAGAGGGUGUUCCAGCACAAACCUGUGUCCAGGUGUAACAAGUGCCAAGUGAAGUAUGAUCCCAUUCCCAAAGACCUGGAGUACGGCAUCGGCAAGUUUACCUGCCAGCACUGUGGCAACACCUUCACAGGGUGGGCCCAGUACAACAAACCUGCCGACUGUCACAACUGCAACAAUGUACAGGUGUUUCCUACAGAAGGCAGUAUCGGGCCCCGGCAGUCUGGUCCCCGUAUGCGUACUCGGAACGUUCACUCCUGCGGGAUGUGUGAUUAUGGGCGAGUGCAUCCUUGUCCUGGCUACAAGAAGGUGUUGGUUGCCAGCACACCCCACAUCAGCACCGGCUCCACGGUCUCCACCUUCCUCACACAGGCCAGCGACCUGGAGGCAGAGUACAGAGAUGCUACAUAAGGCUGCAAGUCAUCAGCAAGAAAGCUGUUAUCCAUCCAUGUUGGUAGAGAAAAUGUCACCUUUCAGAAAUGUGAAGUCAGAACAUUGUCAAUGGGUCUCCAAUGACAAGGCUGGUGCAGACUUCUAGGCACUUUGGCCCCCCAUUUCUGACAUCUCAUUUCCAGAGGUGCCAGAAGUAUUGGGUAUUAGUGCUUUCACAAAUAAACUGGAAAAAAAGACCAAUGCUUUAUCCAAGAAUUUGUCUUGGUAAAUCAAUUUCAUUAUUGCUGAAACAAAGGGGGUAACUUACAUGAAAGGCCUGUAACUGGAAUGCAGUCUUUUCUCAGUUUGUGCAGUAAAUUCCUUUUGAUGCCAUUGGAGAUCAGCUAAAAAGUUCAAAGCUUUGUCUUAGUCUCACUGAUCAGCCCUAAACCCUAAUAGGAAGGAGUUAUAUAGCUAAAGUGAAAGAAGAAAUUACAUGUAUAUUGAAAUAAAGUAAAGUCAACUCUGCAAAAUUGUAUUCAGGAUAUCAAAAAUGUGUGACUUAAUUUUUUGUUUGACAAAAUAAGCUGUGCCAUUUGCUACUUUAUAUCUUGAUAGCUGUUUUUACCUUUUUCGAUAUAUAUACAAUAUUUUAAGACAUUUCAUGAGAUUUUGACGUAUCAAAGACCUUCAUAAAGAUUUUAGGACACAGAUGAAGUUAGAUAUAAAAUUUGCCUUGAUUUAGAUACAAUAUUUUAGAAGUUGGACAAGAUUUCUCUGCACCAAAGUACUUCAUAUUAUCAAGAUUUCAUGACCCAAAUGAAGCUAGAUAUAAAAUGUGAUUUAGAUACACCAUUUUUAAAGUUUGACAAAAUUUCUUUUUCUCAAAGUAUUUCAUACAGGUAAUCAAGAUUUUAUGACUAAGCUGAAGCUAGAUCUGAAAUCUACAUGCUCUUUAAAAUUUGUAUUGUAUUUUUUACUAGAAAGUAAUAGAUAUAUACAACUAUAUACUAUAUAUGACAAUAUAUACUUUGCCAGACAGGUAGUCAGUGUAUGUAUAAUGCUGAUACAAUGUAUAUAGAAUUGAGAGGACCAAAUGAGAUGUCACAUAUGAAAUACAUAUUAUGCAGGAAUCAUUUCCAGAUCAAUAUUAUUCUAUCUAAAGUCAUGAUAAUUCAGGUUUUCUUUUUUGUCAAAACUACUACCACUAUUUAAUGAGAAGACGCUGACAUAAUGUGUAUUUCGUUGCAUUUUUUUUUGUUUGUUUGUGUCUCUAUUUAGUUGGACUGCAUGUAUAGUUCUUACCACAAGUGUGGCUUAGGAAGCUUUUCAAUUAUUUACCUACAUAUAUGCAUAUAAGUGAUUUGGGCCAAAGAAAUGUUCAAUCUAUAUGUCAUAUUGUAUUUUGUAGCAUAUCCACCAGACGUAUGUUUGCAAGUCAGCAGUGUUACUUAUUAUCCCUGACAUUUUCUGUCAGUUUUAAGCUCAUCAAAGAAUGAUGAUAUUUAUCGUUACAGUUAGCUGGCAUAGCUGAUAAAGAGGCACUUUAUUGUGAUAUAAAUCAUAAACUUUCCAGUUCUGUGGUUGUUACCUCUAUAUAGUUAAUCUGAUUUCUCCUAUUUGCAAAUGCAGUUGACCAGGUACCUUGUAGUAAAAAAAAUCCACCACCGUAAUUUUGUGAAAUGAGAUGAAGAGGAAGUGUGUUUGAGUAAGAUAUAAAAACCAAUUAAGUCAGCCUGGUAUUUCUGUGGUCCACAAGUUAAAGUGGUAAUUCUAAAAUUUGUGUCAUUUGAACAAGCAGUGAUGAUGAUGGUGGUAGUGGUUUUUAAAAUGGAUAAUUCAUCUUCUCUACACUACAUUUCAUGUGAGCUAAAGGCUGGUGUACUGUUCUUGGUGGAAAUGUGGACAAAAAGUCAAAAUGAAUUAAAAUUGAUUUCUAUAUGA